AUGAGUGCUUUCUACCUUCCCUCGUCAACAGCAACAACAGCAACCCCCUCCCCCCUCACCUCCCCUCCAUCUCCAAAAUCGAACCCUUUGGACAACCGCCGCUCCAACCACGCCUACUCCGACUCAGAUGACGACGACGACAACACGCCCCUCCCCUUCCCAGCAACCCUCCCCCGCAGCGACUUUCUCACCCCAAACUUCACACCAGAAACCUACCUCUCGACUUUACACAACAGACACCAAACCCUCGAAGACCUACGCUCAGACCUACGCCAACGCUCUUCCCUCAUCACCACAGAACUUCUCGAUCUCGUCAACAGCAAUUACGAGGAAUUUCUAUCUCUAGGCACAAAACUCAAAGGUGGAGAGGAAAAGAUUGAAGAAGUUAGAGUGGGUGUACUCGGAUUUGGGAGAGAGGUGGAGGCAGUCAGGGAUGUGGUUGCUGCACGUGCUGAGGAGGUUGGUGUGUUGCUAGACGAGAAGAAGCAACUCAGAAAGGAUAUUCUGGUUGGCAGAAGGCUACUGGAAAUCGAAGAACGAUUGGAGGACUUGGAAGCGAGAUUGAUGGUGGAACCAAACAAUUCUUUGUCUGCAAACAAUCCUUCAGCAAAUGACGAAGACUCGGAUGAUGAGGAUGAGGAAGACGAAGAAGGAGAUUCGGCUACGUCGACCACACUCUCGCGACUACGGAAACACGCACAGGCAUAUCUUCUGCUCACACACCUCACCCAACAAGUACUCGAACAUCCUUUCGUGAUAGCACAGCAAUCGCGACUCUUUCGAGUAAGAAACACGUUGUUGCUGGAUCUCAGGACGGCGGUCAAGCAGGCUCAAGCGACAGGUGUGUCGGGAAAACAGUUACUCGACUUCUUGGUCAUAUACAGGGAGUUGGGAGAGACGGAGGAAGGUGUAGGAGCCUUGAAGGGUGUAUGA